GGAGGCAUUCUGCCCGUGGGCCGCGGCGAGGGAGGUCGUGCAGCUCCGCUGUCUUGCCGCUCACAUCUUGCCGGCGACAGGUGGUACUUCGGAAGCUGUCUGAAUGAGAACUUUCAUCCAAAGUACUGCUACUCGGCCGCGCUCGAAGGACAUCGCCAGGUGAACGCUGUACCCCCGGCUGGUCUGCGACAGUCGACAGAGAUGGCGCUCGAAGUGGAAGUGAUGUAUGCGGACAGCAUCCUGCUGGGUGUUCUUUUUAUCGCACUGACGAGUGCUCUGGGCAUUUUUAUAUUUUUAUCGACCAAGAGGAAGACUGAUUCGCCGAAGGAGACCCGAAAGGGUGGGACCAAAAACGGAACGAGUGCUGUCCGCCGGUCGGCCCGAUCGACCGGCGCUCAGAGCAAGGAGCGGUCGGCUCCGGCCGCCAGGCCGAGCCAGCCCCCGGCUCCUGCUCCGGCUCCGUCCCCGGAGCCGGCUCCGAGCCACCCGUCCCCGCCGCCUGCCGCCGACACGGCCGAGGAUGACCAAGAAGUGGACGCAGGAGAGGAACAGCCGAGCGGCACCAGCUGCACGGCGCCCACCGCACAGUCAGAUGGCGCCGUCGUGGCCGACCCGGAGCCGCGCGUGCCGACCCUCGAGCCGGCGGCCGAGCAGCCAUCGGAGCCGCCCACUGCCCAGGACCCGCCGCCGUCGCCGCGCUCGUCGGGCCCCGAGCUGACGCCGUCGAUGGCUCGUCGCCAGCGCCGCAAGCGGAUGAAGCAGCGCACGGCGGCUGCGCCGAGCGUGGAGACGCCUCCGGCGCCGCCGCCCGAGGAGCAGCGGCUCGACCUGCCGCCCGAGGUGGUCUACCAGCUGAUGCGGCGCUACACGCUGCCCGCCGAGCAGCUCCACAUGCUCGGCUUCCCGCACUCGAGCAGCUUCCACCGGGGCAAGGCGUACAUCUACAAGGGCAUGGCCGGCUCUCCGCGUCCGGCGCGCAAGGUGAAGCUGGACGCGGCCGCCAAGGAGUUUGUGCCGCGCGCACUGGCCUCGUCCGACUGCGACAGCGGCACGCACAGCUCGGAGGGCGGCGACGACUCGUCGGCCGCCUCGUCGGGCAGCGAGCCCGACGAGCAGCCGCCGGAUGACGUCAGCGAAACCGAGAGCGUCCAGUCGAGCGGCUCGGAGAGCGGCGAGCGCGAGCAGCGUCCGGCGCUGCUGCGGCCGCACUGCGUGCGCUGCUCGCAGCAGUUCGCCGUCACCACCGACGGCUUCUACCACGACAGCGCCGAGCGCUGCGUGUUCCACUGGGGCAAGCUGAAGCCGGGCCGCACGGGCACCAUGUCCAGCUACGCGUGCUGCGGCGGUCGGCCGGGCGGCCGCGGCUGCUCCACUGCCUCGUGCCACGUCUGGAGCGGGCUGCUGCACGGUCUGAACGGGCCCCUGAAGGGCUACGUGCGCUCCCGGCGCCGCCGCGUGCCGCCGGCCGACGGCAACUACGGAGUGUACGCGCUCGACUGCGAGAUGUGCUACACGGGCCAGGGCCUGGAGCUGGCGCGCGUCUCUGUGGUGGGCCUCAACGGCAAGAAGGUGUACGACGCGCUGGUGCGCCCCGAGCGGCCGGUGGUCGACUACAACACGCGCUUCUCUGGCAUCACGGCGCGCCAGCUGGACCGCGCCACCAAGACGCUGCGCGCCGUGCAGAGUGACCUGAUGGGCUUCAUCAGCGCCGACACAGUGCUCAUCGGCCACGGCCUAGAGAACGACCUGCGCGCGCUGCGCCUGGUGCACGACACCGUGGUGGACACGUCGAUCGUGUUCCCGCACUACCUGGGCCUGCCGUACCGGCGCCGGCUGUCGCACCUAACGGCCAGCUGCCUGGGCUGGAGCAUCCAGCAGGACGGCGCCAGCCGCGGACACGACAGCCUGGAGGACGCGCGCGCCUGCAUGCAGCUGCUGCUCUGGCGGAUCCGGCGCGACCUGCGACUCUAGGAGGCUCGGCCGCCAGCGCGCGCGCAAGUGUUGAGCUCGUGUCGAGCGUUUCGGUGUCCGCCGCCGCCAUGAUCUCAGUACAAACAUUACCGCGCCGGCGGCGGUCCUUGUACAGCAUCAUCAUCCAGGGUCACCUUCUCUCCCCGCGCUCCCCUCGUCCGUGUCGUGUGCGAGUGUUUCAUACGGCGGUGUUUUAACGUGCGACGCGAGAGCUUUUAGCGUGCCGACCUGGCCGCGCGCCGUUUUUAGCUGUGGACGCGCAGCUGUGAUUUGGCGGGGCGCUGGUGAGCAGCCGGCGUCCUCGCGCGUCUUUCCGCGCCCGUUUUGGCGCGCUGCGACUGAGAGUGGUGGCGGAGGUGGUGUGAGGUGCCGUUUACGGUGGACAGUGGUCGGAGAGGUGUGUGGCGGGCGGUCUUCCGCCUGCCCUCCCUCCUUCCGGCCCUUUUGUACAGAUCGUGUCUCGGGACAGGACCGUCCACAGUGGCUUUUCUGUGUAUGAUGUGUGCGACCCUGGCGAGCGAAUGUGUCGAGUGCUUGUAUUUAAAUGGCGUCGUUGGGAGUGUAGCUGGUUUUCUCAAUACAGAUUUGGACAAAUA